AUGUACCGGGAUUUCGAGCAAGAGGCAGAAUUCAUCGUCGAGGCGUACCGUUCCCGUCGCGGUCAGAAUGCCCCAAAGAGUUUGUUGGACGUUGGCUGUGGGCCCGGUGGACACGCUGUGGAGGUGGCGAAGCGGGGCUUGAGCGUGACGGGGCUGGACAUCUGUCAGGAGAUGUUGGACUACGCUGGCGAGAAGGCGAGGGAGGCGGGCGUCGACGUGGCGUUGGUCCAGGGCGACAUGAGGUCGUUUCCACCCCCUCCGGGCGCCCCGUUCGACAUCGUCGUCACCAUGCUGGGCACGAUGAUGCACCUCACGGAGGUGCUCGACGCCAAGGCGUUCUUCCAGUGCGUCGCGGCGGCGAUGGCGCCCGACGGCGUGUUCAUCGUCGAGCUGUCGCACCCCGGCGACAUCUUCGACGGGUCGCUCACGUCGCCCGAGGCGCUCGCCGCCGACCGCUGGGACUGCGAAGAGCACGGCAGGCGCGUCCAAGUGCAGUGGGGCUCGCCCUACGACAGGUUCGACGACAUUAGACAGGUGCUGCACAGGAGGGUCCAGAUCAGCAUGAGCGGGGCCGACGUCGCGGACGACUCGUACGACGAGGUGGUGCAGCAGCGGUUUUAUACCGUGGGGGAGCUGGCGCUGCUGGCGGACGCCGCGGGGAUGGAGGUGGAGGCGCUGUUCGGCGAGACGAACGUGGAGUCGGCACUGAACGACCACGACGCGUACCGCUGCCUCGCGAUGCUGCGGAGGAAACAGUGA